AUCGCGGGGAAGCUCCUGACCGCGUUUGGACGCGUGGGCGUGAGCUACCUGCGGAGACCCCUGGGGGAGAUGCUCCGGAGGGCGCGGGACGUGGGGCGGCGCUCAGAGACGUGGGUGCUGACGAGCGAAGGUGGAGUCAGCCCCGCCCUCAGCCGCUGCCUGGGCUCCGGCGACCCGCGGGCCAGCGCGGGAGCCCGCCCCGAUGUCCCACGAGCCGGCCCCGCCGAGGCCAGGAAGAGCCCCUGAGAAGCGCGCUCAGGAGCGGGGGCCGGCCCACCCGGCUCGCUCCUCCACCCGCGGACGGGACCGCCGUCCCGGAGGAGAGCCGCCGCGGGGCCCCGGAACCUUCUGGCGCCGCCGCCCGCGUUCGCCGCGGGACCCGUCGGGGGAACCCGUUCGCUGUUGCUAAGAGGCGGCCCCGGAAGUGACGCGCCCGGGGUUUGUUGACAGCGGAGGCGGCGGCGGCUGCAGCCUCCGAGCCGUAGGAGCCGGAUCGGGGGAGGGGCCGGGCCCCGGAGCCAGCACCCGGCGGCCCGCAGCCCUAAGGGCAAGGUUGUGGCUCUGUCAAUGAUCCUGUGAGUAUUGGAGAGUCACUGUGCCCCUGAGGGCCCCUGUCCUGGCUUGAACCACCUGCCUGCGCCAGCAUGGCGUCCGACACUCCUGAGUCCCUGAUGGCCCUGUGCACUGACUUCUGCCUGCGCAACCUAGAAGGCACCUUGGGCUACCUGCUGGACAAGGAGACUCUGCGGCUACAUCCAGACGUCUUCCUGCCCAGCGAGAUCUGUGACCGGCUCGUCAAUGAGUAUGUGGAGCUGGUCAACGCCGCCUGCAACUUUGAGCCACACGAGAGCUUCUUCAGCCUCUUCUCGGACCCCCGCAGCACCCGCCUCACCCGUAUCCACCUCCGCGAGGACCUGGUGCAGGACCAGGACCUGGAAGCCAUUCGCAAGCAGGAUCUGGUGGAGCUGUACCUGACCAACUGCGAGAAGCUGUCCGCCAAGAGCCUGCAGACGCUGAGGAGCUUUAGCCACACCCUGGUGUCCCUGAGCCUCUUCGGCUGUGCAAACAUUUUCUACGAGGAGGAGAACCCAGGGGGCUGUGAAGACGAGUGCCUCGUCAACCCCACCUGCCAGGUGCUGGUCAAGGACUUCACCUUCGAGGGCUUUAGCCGCCUCCGCUUCCUGAACUUGGGCCGCAUGAUCGAUGGGGUCCCCGUGGAGUCCCUGCUGCGACCACUGAACUCGCUGGCCGCCUUGGACCUCUCAGGCAUUCAGACAAGCGAUGCGGCUUUCCUAACUCAGUGGAAGGACAGCCUGGUGUCCCUUGUGCUCUACAACAUGGACCUGUCGGAAGACCACAUCCGCGUCAUCGUCCAGCUGCACAAGCUGCGACACCUAGACAUCUCCCGAGACCGCCUCUCCAGCUACUACAAGUUCAAGCUGACUCGCAAGGUGCUGAGCCUCUUUGUGCAGAAGUUGGGGAACCUGAUGUCCCUGGACAUCUCUGGCCACAUGAUCCUGGAGAACUGCAGCAUCUCCAAGAUGGACGAGGAAGCAGGGCAGACCAGCAUCGAGCCUUCCAAGAGCAGCAUCAUGCCCUUCCGGGCCCUGAAGAGGCCCCUGCAGUUCCUGGGGCUCUUCGAGACCUCUCUGUGCCGUCUCACGCAUAUUCCGGCCUACAAGGUGAGUGGUGACAAAAAUGAGGAGCAGGUGCUGAACGCCAUCGAGGCCUACACGGAGCACAGGCCUGAGAUCACCUCACGAGCCAUCAACCUGCUUUUUGACAUCGCACGCAUCGAGCGCUGCAACCAGCUCCUGCGGGCCCUGAAGCUGGUCAUCACGGCCCUCAAGUGCCACAAGUAUGACAAGAACAUUCAAGUGACGGGCAGUGCUGCCCUCUUCUACCUGACCAAUUCCGAGUACCGCUCAGAGCAGAGCGUCAAGCUGCGCCGGCAGGUCAUCCAGGUGGUGCUGAAUGGCAUGGAAUCCUACCAGGAGGUGACGGUCCAGCGGAACUGCUGCCUGACCCUCUGCAACUUCAGCAUCCCUGAGGAGCUGGAAUUCCAGUACCGCCGGGUCAACGAGCUCCUGCUCAGCAUCCUCAACCCCACGCGGCAGGACGAGUCGAUCCAGCGCAUCGCUGUGCACCUGUGCAACGCCCUGGUCUGCCAGGUGGACAAUGACCACAAGGAGGCCGUGGGCAAGAUGGGCUUUGUGGUGACCAUGCUGAAGCUAAUUCAGAAGAAGCUGCUGGACAAGAUAUGUGACCAGGUGAUGGAGUUCUCCUGGAGCGCCCUGUGGAACAUCACGGACGAGACGCCCGACAACUGCGAGAUGUUCCUCAACUUCAACGGCAUGAAGCUCUUCCUGGACUGCCUGAAGGAAUUCCCAGAGAAGCAGGAACUGCAUCGGAAUAUGCUGGGACUCUUGGGCAACGUGGCAGAGGUGAAGGAGCUGCGGCCCCAGCUAAUGACUUCCCAAUUCAUCAGUGUCUUUAGCAACCUGCUAGAGAGCAAGGCUGAUGGGAUUGAGGUUUCCUACAAUGCCUGCGGCGUCCUCUCCCACAUCAUGUUUGAUGGGCCGGAGGCCUGGGGCAUCUGUGAACCCCAGCGGGAGGAGGUGGAGGAGCGCAUGUGGGCAGCAAUCCAGAGCUGGGACAUCAACUCACGGAGGAAUAUCAAUUACAGGUCAUUUGAGCCAAUUCUGCGCCUCCUUCCCCAGGGCAUCUCUCCUGUCAGCCAGCACUGGGCUACCUGGGCCCUGUACAACCUUGUGUCUGUCUACCCGGACAAGUACUGCCCCCUACUGAUCAAAGAAGGUGGGAUGCCCCUUCUGAGGGACAUGAUCAAGAUGGCGACUGCACGGCAGGAGACGAAGGAAAUGGCCCGCAAGGUGAUUGAGCACUGCAGUAACUUUAAAGAGGAGAACAUGGACACGUCUAGAUAGAGGCCUCCACCCCUGUGGCCACCCCUGCUCUGGACCCGAGGCCGGAGGAAGCGUUCUCAGCAGGCCAGCUGGCAGACCCCCACCGGGAGCCUCCCACUGGAUGGAGGGGGACUUUUGCACAACCGACGCUUUUCCUUAACAUUAGUGAGAUAUAUAUAUUAUAUAUAUGUAUAUAUUAUUUUUUUUUGGUUAGGAAGUGUGAAGUUUUGUGUGUAUGAUUUCUGUACAAAAACAAAAGAAACACUCCCUGAGUCCUUGCAGCUUCCUUGGCCAUUCUCGAGCCCAACGCAAAGCCGUCAUUGCUGCCACACUCACUCCCACCCCGCCAGACUAAAUGCCUCUACCGUUGUGAGCGUCCGGUCCCUUCCCAGUGAUCUCAGACCCUCAGACUCUCUGUUAGGAGAGGCAGCAGGCUGUUAACAACCCACUCUGGCUUCCUCACCCACUUGCCAAAGCCUGAGAACCCCAUCUGGGUUCCCGAGUGCGGCUGAUGGGGUUUGGGAUGAAAACUACCCCCACUGGGUCUCCCAAAUGCCUUGGUGCUCCCAGCUGUGGCCAUCUGGGGCAAGGAAGUGAACCGUGCCGAGGCCCAGGUCCAGGCAGCCCCAGCCCCAGAGGAGCCUCCAGGAACAGGGCUCACAGUGGCCCUGCUGCUCUCUGGCCAGGCCUGCCUGAGCCCACGCUGCUAUGGAGGCUGCCUCCUAGUCUCCCACCAGGUCCCAGGCUGGUGAAGCCUCCAGCCCAGGGCUGGUCAAGAACUCGGGCAGAUUCCAUUGCCCCUUCUGCCAAACAUGUCAGAACUGGCCCCCAGCCCUGGAAGCCAGCACCUUCUGGAGCUGGGGGCUCGCUCCCUCCCUUCCCAGCCCCUUAGCAACCCGCAGCACCCAAGGUGCCCAGGCACCCCACCAGCAGAACUGAGCCUGCCUCAUUUGCCCCUGCCUGCCCCGCUACCCAGAGGCCCCCACUCCAGCCUUUCCCAGCAGCAACAGGCAGAUGCCUCCAGACCAGCACUUGGCACAACCUGCAGUGGCCCCACUUGGCCCUCCUGAGCCCCCCGCCCCACUCCCAGGCUUUAUUUGGAAACCUCUGUGCUGUGUUCAGAGAAGUAUGAGCCGCAAAUGUGUCUUGAAAUAUCUGUGGUCCUCUCGGUAAUUCCGAAUUGCUUCUCAUGGAACAGGCGGUGGCGAGGAGGUCCCUCUGGAACAAGGGGCCUGGGGAGCAGAGCUGACUCUGCAGGCAGCCGCUGGGGAUAGCUUUUCUUCCCUCCUCUUUCCCUGGGCCUGUUCUGGGUUCUCCUAGCAUUUCUGCCUCCAGACAGAACAGACUGGAUGAGCAGCCCGGGGAGAGACACCUGGCCUUUUUCUCUUGGAGUCUUUCCCUCCCGGCCCUGGGAAGGGGACAGCUGCCCUGUGUUCCCCCAGCUUGGCAGAUGGGCCACAUCUGCCCCCCUUCCACGCUCACGUGGCCUGAGCCAGACCCCGGGCAGAGCUCACGUCACAUUGCUUUGUCACCUGGGGCCUGGGUAAAUGUCUGUACUUGGAGAUGUCACAGAAAUACAUUUUUGUGCAACGUG